AUGACGGGUCUCAAUCCCGCCACAGAUACAAUCAUGUCGAUAUCGUGCAUCAUCACCACGGCCGACCUCGCGCCGCUGGACACCGAGGGCUUCCACGCCGUGAUAUUCCACACGCCGGCACAACUGUCCAGGAUGUCCGAGUGGUGCGUCAAGACGCACGGCGAGUCCGGCCUCGUCCAGGAAUGCCUGACCUCGUCGACCAGCGCCGCAGACGCCGCGGGCCAGCUCCUCGCGUACAUCAAACACUACGUCCCCGAACCGGGCCGGGCUCUUCUGGCCGGGAACAGCAUCCACGCCGACCGGGCGUUCCUGGCCGUGCCGCCGUGGAACGCCAUCCUGGAGCAUCUCCACUACCGGCUGUUCGACGUCUCGGCCAUGAAGGAGAUGGUGCGGCGCUGGGCCAGUGAAUCCGUGUUGAUGGCCGCGCCGCGCAAGGAACUGAGACACACGGCCAGAGCCGACGUGUUGGAGAGCAUCCAGGAGGCACAGUAUUACAAGAGCUUGAUUGAGGGCAUGGGUCUGGGUAAUGUCUCUCCACCGUCGAUGCCGCCGAUCCAGCCACAGCCACAGCAACCGUUCAUGCCCGCCCCAGGCACAAAGCAAGGCCAAGAAGCUCUCGACAUGCUCCGCAACAGCGGCUCACUCAUCGGCGACGUCGGGGAUCUCGACCCGGGCUUCAGGACCGAUAUACCUUGA